GUGUGCAAACCCAGUCUAGAACCAUGUCUAUCAGGACGUACGGUGAUAAACCGAUAAGCUUUCAGCUUGAAGAAAAUGGGGAGUACUAUUGUGUGGGGUCGGAGGUGGGCAACUAUCUGCGCCUCUUUCGGGGAUCUCUGUACAAAAAGUACCCUGGUAUGACUCGACGUACCCUUUCGAAUGAGGAAAGAAAGCGACUCAUUGAAUCUGGUCUCAGCAGCCACAUACUGGCGAGCUCGGUGUCCUUAUUAAAGGCAUCGGAGGUGGAGGAUGUUAUUGAAGGAAAUGAUGAUAAAUACAAAGCAGUCUCGGUGCAUUCUUCUGAUCAGCCAAUUCUACGUGAAAGUAAAUCAAAGAAACCCACACCUUGGGUUCCAACAAUGCCCAAUUCCAGUCACCUGGACGCUGUGCCCCAGGCAACGCCCAUCAAUCGCAAUCGUGUCUACCAGAAGAAAGUACGCACAUUCCCAAUGUGCUUCGAUGACACAGACCCAUCUACGAAUCUCGAAAAUGCAGCUCAGCAAGAAGUGCUGGUACCUGUGCGAUUAGACAUGGAGCUGGAGGGUCAAAAGCUUCGUGACACCUUCACAUGGAAUAAAAAUGAGAGCAUGAUAACCCCAGAACAGUUUGCAGAGGUGCUCUGUGAUGAUCUUGAUCUCAAUCCAUUGGCUUUUGUCCCAGCAAUUGCAGCGGCAAUUCGUCAACAAAUUGAGGCUUACCCCAGUGAGCUUAUCAUUGAGGAGAGCUGCGAUCAGCGUGUCAUCAUUAAGCUCAACAUUCACGUAGGCAAUACGUCUCUUGUAGAUCAGGUGGAGUGGGAUAUGUCGGAGAAGGAUAACAAUCCCGAGGAAUUUGCAAUGAAACUCUGUGCCGAACUUGGUCUGGGCGGAGAAUUUGUCACUGCUAUUGCUUAUUCAAUCCGUGGACAGUUGUCCUGGCAUCAGCGCACAUAUGCUUUCAGUGAGGCUCCCCUUGCCACUGUUGAAGUACCCUUCAGAGCCCCAAGUGAGGCCGAUGGGUGGGCACCAUUCCUGGAAACCCUCACCGAUGCGGAAAUGGAGAAGAAAAUCCGCGAUCAAGAUAGAAAUACUCGAAGAAUGAGACGUUUGGCAAAUACAACUCCGGGGUGGUAAGUAUUAUUAUUCCUCAUUUCUACAAAAUAUUGUCAUCAAAAUAUUUCACCGGGUGUUAAUGCCGGAAUAGAGACAUUUUUAUCAACGUAUUUUAAAAAGUAAAAAAAAACUCUCUCCAAUACAUUUUUAUAGAUUUUGUGUGAAAGUAAUGUAUGUAAUCUUUUCCAAUAAAAUAUGCUUCUAUGGACGUUUGAUGACUUCAAUGUCCGUCCAGAGCUGGA